UUGGGAAGAUGGUCAGCUGACUGCAAAAGUCACGUGAAUACCACUUCCGUGUUUACAGGAGCGGCUCUAGUUAACCGACGCUUAUGCAGCUCGGAAAGGAGCGUUUUUAUUCGUUCGGGUAAAUCUCCGAGUUUAAAGCAACCACUUUUACAAGAAGAAGACUAAGAGCUGCCUUUGCACUGCAGAAUGCAUUUUGCAGUGCUUGUUUUUGCCUCUGUGGCCACCAUGACCACCUUCGGCCUUGACAAUGGCCUGAUGAGGACGCCUCCAAUGGGCUGGUUGGCAUGGGAACGCUACCGCUGUGACAUUGACUGCAAAAACGACCCAAAGAACUGCAUCAGUGAGAAUCUGUUUAUUGACAUGGCGGACAGACUCUUUGAGGACGGCUGGAAGGAGCUGGGCUACGUCUACGUGAACAUAGAUGACUGCUGGUCUUCCAUGGAGAGAGACAAAGAUGGACGGCUGCAACCCGACCCUAAUAGAUUUCCAGGGGGAAUCCAACGUCUGGCACGAUACAUGCACGACAGGGGUCUCAAACUAGGUAUCUAUGGGGACAUGGGCACCCACACAUGCGGGGGCUACCCCGGGACAACGUUGGAUAAGAUUGAAAUAGAUGCUCAGACAUUCGCUGAUUGGGAGGUGGACAUGUUUAAAUUUGACGGCUGUUAUUCCAAUGCUGUCGAGCAAGAGCUAGGUUAUCCUCGAAUGUCAAAGGCUUUAAACGCAACGGGCCGCCCCAUUGGCUACUCCUGUAGCUGGCCUGCUUACCAGGGUGGACUUCCACCAAAGGUGAAUUAUACUCAGCUCGGGCAGAUCUGCAACCUGUGGCGUAACUAUGGUGACAUUCAAGACUCUUGGAACAGUGUGCUGAGCAUUGUUGAUUGGUUUUUUGAAAACCAGGAUGUGUUGGCAACUGCAGCUGGACCUGGAAGGUGGAACGACCCCGACAUGCUGGUUAUCGGAGAUUUUGGCCUCAGUAUGGAGCAGUCUCGUUCCCAGAUGGCUUUGUGGGCAAUCAUGGCCGCUCCCCUGUUCAUGUCCAACGACCUUCGCACAAUCAGCAGCGGAGCCCAAAGUAUCCUUCAAAACAAAAUGAUCAUCAGCAUCAACCAGGACCCCUUGGGUAUCCAGGGAAGACGCAUUCUCAAGGAGAAGGUUGGCAUCGAGGUGUUCUGGCGCCCCCUGUCGAACAACGCCAGCGCUUUAGUGUUCUUCAGCCGCCGUACUGACAUGCCCUAUCGCUACAAAACCUCGCUAAGCAAACUCAACUACACCACAGGCAGCUACAAGUUCACUGAUGUCUACACCGGCAAGACUGAUGUGCUGAAAGACUCCACUGAGUUUGUGGUUUCAGUGAACCCAACAGGUGUGGUCAUGUGGUAUGUUUCUGCGCCCGGCAAACUAAAGUACCACCCGUUUAUCAGAGGGGGCAAACUUCACGGGCCAGCCUAUGAUGCAGAGGAAAACACCUUUCCUCGGGUCUUCCUUUGAACUUUUAUUAUCUUUUAAUUGCUUUAGAGAUUUGACCUCGGAGCCAUUUGCCAUCUCGGUCUGAUUUGCUGAAAUCGCACAUUCUUUCUGCUCGAAGAGUUUAUUUCUCUACCUCAGAAUGAUUUAGGUUUUCUUUUCAACGUUUAAUGAAAGUUUAGCUGUCACAGUCAGAAAUUUAUUUCUUUUUGAGGGGGGGUAAGGCCCGAUGAAAGCAUAAGAGAUUAUAUUCUAGGUGGUGAUUUUGUUAUCUCGCAUACAAAGCUGUUCAAAACUGAAACUAAAUUGGCACCAGAAACAAGCUCUGUCUUUGUCCAAGAUAUUUCGUCUGACCUAAGCCACUAAGAUACAUGGAUCCUAGGUAAAAUUACAUCACAGUUUUUCUUUAGAAUAACAUUUAGAUUAAUAGAGCUGAUUUUGUAAUUUAGACAAAGUUGUUUACACCCCUUUGUAAUUAUUUUCAAUUAUGUUUGGAAUAAAAAGAGAUUUUAUAAGAA